UCAUCAUUUUGAAGUAGCAAGAUGAAGAGAAAGGAGAGAGAGAUUGGUCAGGCAGGAAGCUGUAAGUGUGGUUAGCUGAGCGGAACAAUAGAGGGGAAGCUGUUAAGCCCUUUUUUGCACUGUAUUCGUUCUGCGUAGUCCCUCGGACUAAACUGGAACCGGCUACUGAAGGACAAAAGCAAGAGUUAAGGAAGUCAUUGGAGCUUUUAGACAGGAAUUAAGGUAAAGCUGGAGACUAGAGAAAACAUUGAUGACAGAAGCAAACAUACACCAUUCCUAGCACAAGUGUGUCAGAAGAGAGGCUGCGUAGUUCAGGCCUGAGAUUGGUCAUGCUGCCAGUGUGAGCUCCCUGGAGAUUGUACUGUAAGAGCCCCGCGAUGGCAGCUUUGGCCGGUGUGAAGCCUGGGACCGGACAAAGGGCAGGUGAAGGGAGGCUGUCCUGGCCAGUUUUCCUGCUGACGCUAGCUGCUGUCACCUCCUCCUCUCUUUCAGCUUUGUCCCUAUACCAACUGGUGGCUCUCAGAGCUGAGGUGGAGGGACUCAAAUCAGAGGUCUGUCGCAGGAGAGAAGAGGGACGAGAGGUCAAGCAUGGAGGCCAGACUGAGAAUAUCAGUAGCAGGAGAAGCAGCCAGGAGCCUCUGCACCAACCUGGGUCUCAACAUGCUUUCACCCUGAUAAGGAGGAGAAGACAGGUCUCUGGAACAGAGACAUUAGUUUCUCAGCCUUGCCUGCAGUUGUUGGCAAACAAUAGCAGGAAAACCUUCAGGAAAGAAUUUUCCUCGACGCCGCACACAGGUAUCCCCUGGCAGGCGGGGCUGAGGAGAGGCUCUGCCCUGGAGGCAGAUGGAGACAGCAUGUUGGUCAGAGAGGAGGGCUUCUACUUUGUAUACAGUCAGGUCUACUACAUGGACAGCACCUUUGCAAUGGGUCAUGUGGUGAUCCGGAGGAAGAGGAAUGUGGUGGGAGACGAGCCUCAGUAUGUGAUCCUGUUCCGCUGCAUCCAGAACAUGAACCCUGUCCACCCUUACAACACCUGCUACACAGGAGGAAUUGUGAAGCUGGAGGUUGGGGACCACUUGGAGCUGCUGAUCCCCCGUUCCACAGCCAACGUGUCCAUGGAUGGAGACUCCACCUUCCUGGGUGCUGUCAAACUGGCUUAAGGUGUAUCACCUCACUUUGGACCAGAGGGAUGCUGUUGUGGAACAAACUGUGUAACAGGGCACAGUUCUGGUGACCUUGCCUGACUUUGGGUGGUGUGAGAAGAAUACAGGAAGCAGCCAUUUAUGUGCUGGCUGAAUGAUAGACUGUGUGACUCCUAGCUUGUUCAGCCUGAGGGAACAUGAUGGGGAGUAUGAGUUGAUAGCAGCGCUCUUUACUCUUAAAAAUACAUGCAUCUUAUAGAGCUACAGCUGUAUUAUGUUCAUUUCUACUACACAUCAAGACAAGAUAUUAGAAUAGAGAAACUGUCAUAAUCAAGUAGUUCUUCUUCAAAUAAUCACAAACACAUAGCAAGGUCUUACUUAUGAGACUUGACUUUGUCCGACUUGUAAGAGAUGUGUUACUUGUGUGAAAUCAUUGUUAUACUGUUUUGAUCAAUAGUCUUUGCUCCUGUAGCAGCAGCAUUACUGUGCCACUGAAAUAGUUCUUUUCAUAUGCUUUAUUAUUUUAGAUAUUUGAACAUACAAAUCUGAAUGCCAUAAUUUGAUUUAAGUUUACCUGUAUAUAUCUAACUGAUUGAAAAUUCAGAUGCAAUAAAGUGACAGUUCUUGCACAAGAAAUUUCAUCA